UUAAAAAAAAAAGUUUAUUUUCUUCAACAAACAUAUUUGAUAUUUUCUCUUCUCCUUCCUCGGCUGCUCUUCCUUCGCUCCGCCACUUUCUCCGCCGCGUUCUGUUUCCUUUCUGAAUUUGUUAUCUUUUAAGAAGUAUCAUCGUUUAUGCGUAGUUGUUUUCUUUGUUCGUUUUCGUUUUGCUAUUUUCGAUGGCUACUACACCAGUAAAGUCGCAGCCUUUACACAACUUCAAUUUUCCGUUUCUUAAAUGGGGGACCCAUGGAGGUGACAGUUCUUCGAGAGGUAGCGCCGAAAACCGCCGUUCUCCCGAAUCCGACUCCGACCACCACCAUCUUCGUCCGACGCGUGUCGGAUCACGCUCCACCCGCAUGCACCGCUUAUCCUUUCCUUCCCGAGCGAGACCCAUUAAACAAAUCCCUCGCGAAGAAGAACAACAGCAACAAGAAGAAGAGUUGUUGAAGCCACAAGGAAAUAAAGAUGAAGAAGAAGAAUAUGAAGAGGAGGAAGCGGUGCAGAGACCGUGGAAAUUGAGGCCUCGGAAGGCGGUGGUGGAGACGUCAACAGAAGUAGUGACAUCGGUAGCGGAAAAGUUCGGAGAAACGGCAGCGCCGAAGUCGAUGAGAUUAAGGGGUUUCGCUGAGAACGGAGGGGUUACAGAAAAGAAAGAGAAAAGGAAGUUUUGGAUAGCUUUAUCUAAAGAAGAGAUUGAAGAAGAUAUCUUUGUGAUAACAGGAUCAAGACCUGCUAGAAGGCCCAAGAAAAGGUCUAAGAACAUUCAGAAACAGCUUGAUAAUGUUUUUCCCGGAUUAUGGUUGGUUGGUACGACGGCUGAUGCUUACCGUAUUGCUGAUGCUCCCAUUAAGAAAUGACCUGCAUUUGGAUGCUUAACAGAUUCCCAUGUACAAAAGGUUGUAUCUAAGCUUCUUUAACUUUGUGCUCUUUAAACUUCUAUUGUUGUUUUUAUUUUCUUAAGCUUGCUGCUAAAAUAGUUUGGCGAUAGUGUUUGCAGGGGAUGCUUAUGGUAUUAGUGAAUUUGGAAAUCAUGGAGCUUGGUAGGUAUAUGAACAUUGAGACCUCAAUUGUUUUUAGGUAUAAUGGAAAUAUGAUGGUUGUAAAGGAAGAAAAUGAGAAGAUAUUUAAUUUCUUUUUAUGUUUU